CUUGGCAGUUGUCCGGUGACGUCACUGCGUCCAUCACGACCGUGUCGAUCUCACGCCUCACACAUCACCCCUCCCCACACUCUGUUUUUUAACCAUUGUAACAACGGGAGGGGGGUUGCGCGAACAGCAUCAUUCUCUGUAAUUUGUCCACGUUUACCCGACCGCGACAUGUCCUUCUGGUGCAGUAAGAAUGGACGACGAUGAGCUGGAGCGGUUUCUUCGUGAGCAGAAAGCCAAGAUUGCACGCGACCAGGCCCAGCUGGAAAGGGACCUGCCCUACAUGGAGAUGCAGGCACCACCAAAGCAACACACUCAUAUUCAGGACCAUGAAUCAGAAUCAAUGAAGGAGAACAUUCCACAAAGGGGAAGCAAUGACAAGCUGAAAUAUAAUGAUGACCCAUCCACCCACGGGCUGCCACUGGGGGCCGAGUACGAGAAGAAGAAGCAGAAGCUGAAGGAGCAGCUUCGGCAGGAUUACCGCCGCUACAUGGCCGAGAAGAAUUUCCGCUCGAAGGGAGUCGUGGCAUUUGAGACUGAUACCACAUCUCCCAGCCAAGCCCUAGAGAAGGAGAGGCCGAGAACACACGUGAAGGAAACUUUGGCUGAGCUUCUUGAGGAGCGGGGCUAUGCCGAAAGGAGACAUGAACAGGAUGAGACCUCUUCGCGCAAGAAGGAUGCCGCGACAUCGAUGGAGGCGUACGAGGAGCUGCUCAGUGAGCACCGGAGGGGCAGGGUCGUCUCGUUCGAGGAUGGACUAGGGGAUCCCUGGACCGCCCGCCUUCGCCACAUGAGUGCCCGGCACCAGUCCGGUGCGGAACUGGUGGGAGAGCGGGAUGAACGGGAGGAGCGCACCAAGUCAGCUGGCAUGCGGCAUGUGCCUAUGCACGCCCCCACGCGUGCCCACGGCAUCCUGCCCGUCCACGAGGGCAGGUGCAGCCUGGACAAGCGGAGGAAGGAGCGCUAUCGCCUGGACCUACUGGAGCAAAUGGCCGAGAGGGAGCAGAACAAGCGGCGGAGCCCAAGGACAUGCAACGAGGAGAAGCAAUGGAGCCUGGCCGUGCCAGUAUCGGGAGUAGUGGACCCUCAGAAGGACGACGCAGACGAUGAGCCGUUGCGAAUGCUGAAAAUGUUGGGCUCCGGUACAACUGAGCGGCCGCGCUUCCCUGUGCCGCCUCGAGACAUCCCGCCUCCGGACCGGCCCCGCCGCGCCUUCCACACCCCUCCUCCCCCGGACAACGAGAAUGACGCCGCUGCUCAUCGCCAUACCAACGGCCUCCAGGGGACCCGCACUGCCGCCUUACCUGGGCCUGGCGGGCGCUUUUAUCCGGCAUCUUUCGGCACACCGUACGACCCAGCCUACUACUACUAUGCAGUGCACAAUCCACUGGAGCCUGGCUUGCCACCCUUUGAACCUGGGCGCCUCGGGCAAGGUCAGCCGCCCCUGCCCUAUUAUGGUCAAGUCAACGGCCCCCCUCUUGCGGCAAAUUUCACCAACCAGUGGGAAGGGGGCGUUCAUCCUCCGCAGACAGCACUACCGCCCCAGCAAAACAUGGGCUUGCCUCUCACGGGUACUUGGACGCAGGCCGCGUUGGGCCAGGCUCAAUAUAACACAGUCCUAGGGCCACCACCCCAGGUUGCGCAGCUCCCACGAGGCUUCCCGGGGCUGACGAUCGGCCUCGGUGGACUCGGGGAAACGAACAACACUGAGGGGAGGAGAGGCUCCUUCAACAAAUACCAGGAGGAUCUACAAAGGCAGAUAAAGGAUUCGGAGGAGAAGAAGCGCAGGGAGCGGAUUGAGCGAGACCGGCAGGAUGCGCGGCUGGAGGCAGAGGCCAACACAUACAACCCCUGGGGCAAGGGAGGCGGAGGGGCUCCCCUACGCGAUGAACACGGCAACCUUGUCACCGACCUCAAGCAGAUGCGGCGGCAGAACGAGGCCGCGGUGCACAACCCGUUAAGGUCGGCGCGCCGUGUGGCGCUGGACUCGAGAGGCACCCCCUCCUUCGUUCCACAACUGUACAACCACGGCGACCAGCAUCCCGGCACGCCCGACGAUGCAGCUGUGCCCGGAGAUGGGAGUGGGCAGACAGCACGAGGGCGCACACUUUUGGACCCGUCCCAACCGCCGCAAGCCGCUGAGCAAGAGCGGUACAAGGACUUUCUUAGGCAGCAGAUCGAGGAGAAGCGGCAGCGGGAAGCAGAGGAGCGCGAGAAGAUCCGAGAGGAGGAGGAGCGGGAGGAGCGGCGUCUAGCCGAACAGCGUGAGCGAAUCCAGCGCGAGUACGAGGAGGAAGCCGAAAAGAAACGCAAGAAGGAGGAGGAGAGGUGUCUUCAUGCCCCACGCGGUCCUCUGCGUCGGAUCCCCGAGCAGCAAAGGAUCAAGAACGAGGAGCUUGCUCGCGAGGCGGAGGAGCGCAAGAAAGAGGUGGCGCGCAAGCGGCGGGAGGACGAGGAGAAGAGGACCGAUGAGUACCGGCAGCAGUUUGAGCGAGAGAGGCAGGCUCUUCGCGAAGAGGUUGAGAAGACAAGUUCUGCACAGAAUCCACAGGCCAGGCGACAACAAAGGAAUGAGGCUGGUGCUACUGACCACCAGUCAACGCGUGGUGCAUCACCGCCCAUUCCAGCACUUGUGAAGAAGCAAGGCUUUCCUGGCACUCAGCAGGCCCAGGGAAAUGGCAUUCAGGUGCCAGAGGCCAGAUACGCGAGCCCGGGCGUGUCAUCUCGCAGAGCCGACAUGAGCCCUCGCUCUGAGCCACCCAGCCGGGAGAGGCACCCAGCUGACCUGCACAGCCGGGCGACCACUACGGCAAACGAUGGUGUGAGCACGGGACGAGGGUCUCCGCCGGUUCCUGCGAGACGCAAUCAGCUGCGUACAGAGGGAACGGGCACGGACGUGCUGGGCGAGCUCUCACUCUUCCGGAAACAGCUGCAGAACGAACAGCGCCGUCUGGAGAGUCAGCUGCGGCAGCAGGAGUCCAGCGAGGAGCACCGGGACGCGCGCAGCGGAGCAGGGGCCCAGAGGAGUGCACACAGCAGGGCAGCGUCUCGCGAUGUGUUUGAGCUGGCGAGGAUGCGCGUCCAGGCACCAGUGCGUCGACCUAGCUCCAAGGGUGUCCCUCAACCUGGGCCGCACGCUGGCCACCAUCCCCCACCACCCACCCUCAAUUACCCAGAUGAUGAGCUGCUGGACAUCCAGCGAUCGGCACUCGUUCGGGACCAAAGGAGACGGCACGACGCAAUGCGGCGCCCGGACCCCGGCCCUUUUGAGAACCAAGUUCUUGGAAUGAAAACAAGAGACCUGGGUUUGCAUUUGCCGCCAGAAGAUGAGGGAGUGAGAGCUUCCAGGUCUUCAAUGCUGCAAUCGGACAGCGCGUUCAUCGGUGCAUUUGGGGAGGUCUUCCCAACGGAUGCAAAGGGAAAUCAAGCUCUCACUGCAGGCCGGGAUGGAGCUUGGGAUUGGGAACCAGAGUCCAGAGACAUCGGAGUUUCCCCUCGUGAGAGGCGACGGCAAAGACAAGGAGUCCCCCUGGAGCAGCGCCAGAUGGACAUGUACGAGCCCCGGCGACCGCCUGCAAGCCCGUCCCUCCUGUCAGAGUCGAGCAUCAACGUUGAGCGUCUGCGAGUGCGCAACGCGGAGAGGAUGCGACGCCUCCAACUGAUGGCGACGCCAGGCGACGACGUCUCUCUGGGCGACCCAGACGACAUCCUGUCCCGCUUCGUGUCGCCGAGCCGGCCGUACUCCGCCGUCACCACGGCGACAGACGUGUGGCUGCGGCCUGGCUCGUGCGAUUCGCCGGGAACAUUCACCGAGCGAUCCAACGGGGAGUGACCUUACCCCGCCACCGCUGCUCCGAGGAAAAGGCGUGGACGGAUGGCAGGGACCGCUGCCCGUUCAACCAUGAGUGAGCUGACACGGGCGUUUUAAUGGCACCGCAUCCCAUGUACUGGGGACAGAGUUGGGACAUGGUGUGAAGUAAUAGUCUUUUUCCAGGUGUUCACUGCAGUCCGUCCAUCCGUUCCAUAUUUCGAUGGUCCUAUAAUUUAUUUUUACAUCCAUUUCUAUCUAGUUUACAAAGAUGCACUAGGUUAAAACUUUAUUUGCCAAACAGUCCAUUACAAGACAUGUAACAACACAUACACUCCUUGAUUGAAAUUUAUUAAUAUGCUCACUAUACACAAUUGACAGCCUAUAUUAUCAUUCUACUGCUGGAUGGAGGCUUCCACUGGCUGUGUGGUUUUGGGGAUUGUUUGACUAUGCUGGUCAGUGUGAAUUGGUGAAUUGUGACUGGCUACCGAUGUUAUCCAUGGCCAGAAAUACAACUCAUGUCGUCGCCAGGAUCGUAGUAUCCUCUCAAAAAGCUAACACUGCAAAAUGUGAAAUAUUAAAUUAUACCACAUUCCAAUGCCAGCCGGCUUUCUGCAUGGAUUUCCAUUGUCAUGUUUACACCCAAUCAGAAAUCUUAAUACCUUUUAACUUUAUUCUCCACAUUAUAAGAUGGACUUUUUUCCCCUUGUUUUUAUGAAAAAGUUGAGGGUGCAUCUUAUAAUCUGGUAGUUGUGGAGAAUAUGGUAAUUAAAUGUCUCAUUUUUUUAUUAUUCCAUGAUUAUCUCACCUUGUUGGCACAGGAAAUUCAGCUCAGCAGGUAGGCCGAGUAAAGAGGCUGGCUAAUCCUCUGACUAACAACAUGUAUAAUAAAAGUAACGAUUUUGUAGAAAUGUUAUAUUAAUUUAACGAAAUAUGGGGAUGAUAACGAAGGUGUGUGUGUGUGUGUGUGCUAUCAAUUUUACAAACAUAUAUUAGUCAAUCUUCACAAAUUGUCAUCCGUAACAAAGUGGCCGCAUUUGAUUGAGUGUCUCUAUGAUGACCACAAAACUCUGUCUAGCCAAUCAUAAAGCAAUACAUUUCAAACUCUUCCAUGCUGGGCAGACGUCUGGUAAAAGGUGACAGUACCCACACUUUACCCCAAGACACACACUGCCUGCCGAUCAACUGUCAUAUACCCAUUUAUACUACUGGGUGGUAAGAGGAGGAGGAGGGAUUUAAUAAACUUGCCCCAUUAUUUCAACUGUUGCGCCGGAGGAUGCAAUCGAACCGGUGACCCCAAGAUUGCAAGUCCAGUGUGGUAACCAUUACACCGUGGCAGAAUUCCUAAGCAACAAUCUUGCAUCAAGAGUCCACACUUUAACUUCGGCUGAAGCAACAUUUGUACCAUUGACUUAACUUUUUUUUUAUUCAGGCAGAGAGCAUAGCUGCACUCACCAUCAUGUAUCCCAUGAAGUGAAUGAUGAUGUAAUUUUGCUUGUUGAGCAAAACACGCAAAUGGGCCGAAGGAAAAACACUGGAUUUGAAACAAUAUGCAAGUUUGCCAUCAUGUGCGAGGCAUCUUCACGUAACUCCACUCAAUCGUUUCUGCAAGGUUUCAGAUCGUGGAAUAACGUGCAGAAUUGGCUUCGUACUGCUUUCCUUCUCAACUGGACUUCAGUUAAUCCAUGCGAAGGAAUGAAUCCUUGGUUAUAAGGGAGACGCGGAUUUACGUAACUGGGGCAGUGCAACUUUAACAGCUCUUGAGAUGCAUCAGUGGACACAAUAAUGUGUCAAUUAAAAAUCGAUUCUCACGCUGGUGAUAGAUACAAAAAUGUGUACACGUGAGAAGUCGAUUGUUAAUAAUAAUGUAUCCACUGCGAGAUGAAGACCUUCCCAAGCUAACGCCAUUUCACAUAGGCACAGUCAGUAAUAUUGCCUGUCAAAAUUAUUGGAAAAGAAGCACAAAUGCGCCUGCACUUGAUUGUUGCAAAAUUAUUCCCACAUUGUUUUCUCGUCACUUGCAUUACAAGCUGUGCAGUUCAUUGCAAAUGAACUCAAUAAUCCAUCAAAUGAGUAAUUGCUAUUAAUAUUGUAAAAUAUGAGUUUAUAGUAAUGGUUGAAUGUAAUUGAAAUAUGUUGUUAAAUUGAAUAAUAAAUAUUAAUUUAAUAAAACA